CUUCGCAGGCAGAACGCGCGAGAUCUGGCUCCGUGUGCGCGGCUUGCAAGACGGAGUCCCCGUGACUCUCAGGCUGCGCGAACUGGCAGGCUCUCGAGCGUCUUUGUGUGAAAUAUCUUGCCUGUUUCUGCUCCUGGAGAAGGCGGGAAAACCGAGGCCUCUGGGCUGCUGCCGUGGGACUCUUGCCUUCCUCUCUUUCAGAGGGAAUCUGCUGGAAACUGCGGCUCUUCUUCGUUUUUCCUGCUUGAAGGUCGAAUUUGGCUUUCCCGUGGCUGCAGCAAAAAGACCCCCUCCAUGAUGUCCUUUGCAGAGGUGGCCGUGCUCUUCACGGAGGAGGAAUGGGCUCUCCUGGAUCCGGCCCAGAGAGCUCUCUACUGGGAAGUGAUGCAGGAAAUUUACGAGACUGUGGCUUCUCUGGGGCUUUUGGUCCCAGGGUCAUUCCUUGAUUCUCAGCUGCCUCCAAGGGAAAUGCUGUUCCUCCAGAGCUCUGAGGAAAUGGGAAGGCGUGGAAAGGUCCCCUUGUCAGCUAUAGAAAAUCACAUUCCCAAUGAUGGCCACGCCAUUAAACAGGAGGAAGUGGAAGAAGCAUGUGUCCAGGACCCCAAGGACACAGAACUAGCAGCAGAUGAUGGGACUUUGAGGGAAGAGGAAGGCCUUGCCUCGGAAGGAGUGCUGGACAGGUUACCAGGACGCUCUCGAGAGAACGUGUCCUUCCCAGCUGAGCCAGGGCAUGAGUGGGAGACAAAGAGUGGCAAGGAACCAGGAGGAAUGGCUGUGGCAAGAGUGGAGGAUAUGGAGGCAGAAGAGGAAGGGUUCAGGUAUCAAUUGAGGGCUAUGAAAAAACAAAACAUUCAAACAGGAGGAAAGCCCUAUCAAUACUUGGAGUGUGGGAAGAGUGUCUCUCAGAAUGACAACCUUAAGUUUCACCAGAAAAUUCACAAAGAGGAGAAGCCAAAUAAAUGUUUGGAGUGUGGGAAGAGCUUCUCUCAGAAUCGCUACCUAACGAUACAUCAAAGGAUUCACACAGGGGAGAAGCCAUAUAAAUGUUUGGAGUGUGGGAAGAGCUUCUCUUGGAAAUCCGAUCUAACUGUACAUCAAAGGAUUCACACAGGGGAGAAGCCAUAUAAAUGUUUGGAGUGUGGGAAGAACUUCUCUCAGAAUCACCACCUAACUGAACAUCAACGAACUCACACUGGGGAGAGGCCAUAUAAAUGUUUGGAAUGUGGGAAGAGCUUCUCUAUUAAUGGCGGACUUACUCUACAUCAAAGAAUUCACACAGGAGUGAAGCCAUUUCAGUGCUUGGAGUGUGGAAAGUUCUUCUCACGGAAUUGCAGCCUUACUUUGCAUUGGAAGAUUCACACAGGGGAGAAGCCAUAUAAAUGUUUGGAGUGUGGGAAGUUCUUCUCACGGAAUUGCAGCCUUACUUUGCAUCAGAGGAUUCACACAGGGGAGAAGCCAUAUACAUGUUUGGAGUGUGGGAAGAGUUUCUCUCGGAAUCAUCAUCUAACUGAACAUCAAAGGAUUCACACAGCAGAAAAGCCAUAUAAGUGCUUGGAGUGUGGGAAGAGCUUCUCUCGGAAUGACAGCCUUUCUUCACAUCAGAAAAGUCACACAGGGGAGAAGCCGUUUAAAUGCUUAGAGUGUGGAAAGAGCUUCAGUCACAGUAGCCACCUAACUGUGCAUCGCAGAAUUCACACAUUGGAAAAACCAUAUGAAUGUUCUGUUUGUAGGAAGAACUUUUCUCAUAAAUCUGUCCUUAUUCAACAUAAGAGGGUGCACACAGGGGAGAAGCCUUUUCAGUGCUCAGAUUGUAGCAAGUGCUUUUCUGAUACAUCAGGCCUUUUUCGACACAAGAGAAUUCACACAGGCGAGAAGCCAUAUAAAUGUUUGAAGUGUGGAAAGAGCUUCAGUCGAAGUAACAGCCUUGCUAUGCAUCAAAACAUUCACACAAAGGAGAAACCAUACAAAUGCUCAUAUUGUGGCAAGAGUUUUUCUUUUACAUCAGGCCUUACUUAUCAUCACAGAAUUCACACAGGGGAGAAGCCAUUCAAAUGUGCAGAUUGUAGCAUGAGCUUUUCUGAAAAAAGAAGCCUUAUUCAACAUCAGAGAAGGCACACAGGAGAGAAGCCAUUCAAAUGCUCAGAUUGUAGCAAGAGCUUUUCUGUUAAAUCAAGCCUCAUUCAACACUGGAGAAUUCACACAGGGGAGAAGCCCUACAAAUGCUUGGAGUGUGGGAAGAGCUUCUCUUGGCACAGUGGCCUAAGAGUACAUCAGAGAAUUCACACAAAGGAGAAGCCAUACAAAUGCUUGGCAUGUGGGAAGAACUUCUCAGUGAGCAGCAGCCUAAAAAUACAUCAGAGGAUUCACACGGGGGAGAAGCCUUAUAAAUGUUUGAAAUGUGGCGAGAGCUUCUGUCGGAGAGACAGCCUUAAUUCACACCAAAACAUUCAUAACCAGACUCAGAUCCCUCAGGGGAUCCCUUGCUUUUCAAUGAAUGGGGACAAGAUGCUUGGCACGUCGCAGGAAAAAGGCAUUGACAAAAGGCACCCGAAACCCUCUCCAGCAGCGGCCACUAGCAUCGCUGCAGGGAAUCGCCGGACAUACGGGGAGAAACAGCGACACCUGCCGGUCGUCGAGGGCAAAAGAAGGCACAACCGGAGGCGGAAGCGGCGGGAUUGGGAGGUGGCCGUGCUCUUCACGGAGGAGGAAUGGGCUCUCCUGGAUCCGGCCCAGAGAGCUCUCUACUGGGAAGUGAUGCAGGAAAUUUACGAGACUGUGGCUUCUCUGGGGCUUUUGGUCCCAGGGUCAUUCCUUGAUUCUCAGCUGCCUCCAAGGGAAAUGCUGUUCCUCCAGAGCUCUGAGGAAAUGGGAAGGCGUGGAAAGGUCCCCUUGUCAGAUGAUGGGACUUUGAGGGAAGAGGAAGGCCUUGCCUCGGAAGGAGUGCUGGACAGGUUACCAGGACGCUCUCGAGAGAACGUGUCCUUCCCAGCUGAGCCAGGGCAUGAGUGGGAGACAAAGAGUGGCAAGGAACCAGGAGGAAUGGCUGUGGCAAGAGUGGAGGAUGUGGAGGCAGAAGAGGAAGGGUUCAGGUAUCAAUUGAGGGCUAUGAAAAAACAAAACAUUCAAACAGGAGGAAAGCCCUAUCAAUACUUGGAGUGUGGGAAGAGUGUCUCUCAGAAUGACAACCUUAAGUUUCACCAGAAAAUUCACAAAGAGGAGAAGCCAAAUAAAUGUUUGGAGUGUGGGAAGAGCUUCUCUCAGAAUCGCUACCUAACGAUACAUCAAAGGAUUCACACAGGGGAGAAGCCAUAUAAAUGUUUGGAGUGUGGGAAGAGCUUCUCUUGGAAAUCCGAUCUAACUGUACAUCAAAGGAUUCACACAGGGGAGAAGCCAUAUAAAUGUUUGGAGUGUGGGAAGAACUUCUCUCAGAAUCACCACCUAACUGAACAUCAACGAACUCACACUGGGGAGAGGCCAUAUAAAUGUUUGGAAUGUGGGAAGAGCUUCUCUAUUAAUGGCGGACUUACUCUACAUCAAAGAAUUCACACAGGAGUGAAGCCAUUUCAGUGCUUGGAGUGUGGAAAGCUCUUCUCACGGAAUUGCAGCCUUACUUUGCAUCGGAAGAUUCACACAGGGGAGAAGCCAUAUAAAUGUUUGGAGUGUGGGAAGUUCUUCUCACGGAAUUGCAGCCUUACUUUGCAUCAGAGGAUUCACACAGGGGAGAAGCCAUAUACAUGUUUGGAGUGUGGGAAGAGCUUCUCACGGAAUCAUCAUCUAACUGAACAUCAAAGGAUUCACACAGCAGAAAAGCCAUAUAAGUGUUUGACGUGCGGGAAGAGCUUCUCUCGGAAUGACAGCCUUUCUUCACAUCAGAAAAGUCACACAGGGGAGAAGCCAUUUAAAUGCUUAGAGUGUGGAAAGAGCUUCAGCCACAGUAGCCACCUAACUGUCCAUCGCAGAGUUCACACACUGGAAAAACCAUAUGAAUGUUCUGUUUGUAGGAAGAGCUUUUCUCAUAAAUCUGUCCUUAUUCAACAUAAGAGGGUGCACACAGGGGAGAAGCCUUUUCAGUGCUCAGAUUGUAGCAAGUGCUUUUCUGAUACAUCAGGCCUUUUUCGACACAAGAGAAUUCACACAGGCGAGAAGCCAUAUAAAUGUUUGAAGUGUGGAAAGAGCUUCAGUCGAAGUAACAGCCUUGCUAUGCAUCAAAACAUUCACACAAAGGAGAAACCAUACAAAUGCUCAUAUUGUGGCAAGAGUUUUUCUUUUACAUCAGGCCUUACUUAUCAUCACAGAAUUCACACAGGGGAGAAGCCAUUCAAAUGUGCAGAUUGUAGCAUGAGCUUUUCUGAAAAAAGAAGCCUUAUUCAACAUCAGAGAAGGCACACAGGAGAGAAGCCAUUCAAAUGCUCAGAUUGUAGCAAGAGCUUUUCUGUUAAAUCAAGCCUCAUUCAACACUGGAGAAUUCACACAGGGGAGAAGCCCUACAAAUGCUUGGAGUGUGGGAAGAGCUUCUCUUGGCACAGUGGCCUAAGAGUACAUCAGAGAAUUCACACAAAGGAGAAGCCAUACAAAUGCUUGGCAUGUGGGAAAAACUUCUCAGUGAGCAGCAGCCUAAAAAUACAUCAGAGGAUUCACACGGGGGAGAAGCCUUAUAAAUGUUUGAAAUGUGGCGAGAGCUUCUGUCGGAGAGACAGCCUUAAUUCACACCAAAACAUUCAUAUAUAAAUGCCGAAGGAGGGAGUUGUUGGAAUUCAACUUUCACUGUACAUAUGAAGACUGUGAUAGAGAAACUGUACAAGUGGAUUAGAUUGAAAUCAACUGGAUUUAAAUCAUUAGUAAGGUCGAUUUAAAUCAUGGUUUUCUAUAUAAAGGCUCAUUCUUGGCUGAUUUUUAUCAUCUUAAUAUUUACAACCCUGAUGAAGAUUUCAUUUUUAGAAAUGUCAAUCAUAAAAUUGUUUAUGUUCUUUUUCAGCAUUUCUUUAACUUUGUAUUGGAUUUUUGCUAAUGUUAUGUCUUUGUAAACUUGCAUUUAUUUCUCCUUUGGCAUUUUUUAUUGAAAUCUCACACAACGUAAUACGCCUUGAGUUUCAGUGAGCAAGGCAGAGUGUAAAUGACAUGAAUAAAUAAAUACCUAUUCUUAUAUUUGCUUAAACAUCCAUGUUAACUAAUGUGGUUAAACAAAAAUAUUUCCAAAUGGGAUCUCUUUUAAGGGUGAGAAUAAUAUGAAUUGCAGGCGCCUCUAGCAAAGAUCAAAAGACAUCUAGUGUCUUCUGUUCUAGAAGUUUCACUUUCAUUUGUAGUGUUUACUCCUUACACUUAGCACUUAAUAUUCUCUUACCAGAUCUAUUCCACCCCAAACAAUCUUUUAUUCAUUGACGAGCUUGGUAUCUGUGCUUUACUAUGGUAUUCAACUACUCUAAAUCCAGUUAUAAUAUUUAGGGGUAUGUAACAUUUUUUGUUUUUGUUUUUUUAAAUUGGCAAUCCUAGUGAAAUUUUAGGGAAAGACUGGGAGGUGCAUUUUACCUCAGAACACAUUCAAUUCCUUCUAAUAGUAACUGCAUACUAUUUAGAAUGCGGAGGUUGAGAAUCAAUCCAGCCACAUACAGAAAUGAUCUCUGAGUUCCAACUUCUUUGGGGUGGGGGCGUGGUGUGUGGAACGUUGUGAACCCCAAUCUGCCUGCAUAUGCAAAUGACCUUGAAAGGCUGGCCCAAUCAGGGAAGAGUGGCCAAGCUGGCAGUGGGUGGGGGUAGAAGCAGGCAGUAGCCUGCCAGCCACACAGGGAAGCUGUAUCUCUGGAAAAACACAUUUUACCUCUUUUUACUCCAUUAGGGGGCGAAUUUCUUAAAAUCCCUUCUUAGUAGGUGAAAGGAAUCAUGAAAGGAAUGGAAUGUUCUCCCUAAAUUAUGUUUCUAGGCCCAGGAGUUUGGGCUGGGCAUUGAUGAGUCAGUCAAGACGCUUGUCUUUAUAUAUAGACGUUCUUGAAACUUAUCACUUAAGAGGUGAGGGGUUGAUCAUGUGUACAUGGGUUUGCAGAGGAAACAUAGGAUUGAGGUCUGUUUCUCAACUCUUAAUGUUUUUUUUAAAUGUUGCUGUUAAGAAGAGGCAUGUUAUCUGUGCAGAUGGAACUUGAGUUUAGAUAACUGCAAAACCAAUAGUUUGCCUUGGUGUUUUCUAAAUAGAAAAAUUACUCAAAAUAAUCUUACAAAACCCUCUGGGAGAUCAUGACAUAAGGGCCCUAAGGAAUGAAUUUUUUUUUUAAUAUCUAACAUAAAAAACUACAAAAGACUACAAAGUAUAAUGGGGGGAAAAAAAGAAAAGGAACUGGGAAAAAGGGAAGAGCAACAUACAGACAACAAACGCUACACUACAUAUCUUGUAUUCCCUUCAUGCUGCAAUUUUUCUUAAAAGUUAACUUUCUAAUAUGCUAUCAGAUUGGUAGAUCUUAUACAAUACAGACUAUGUUCAGGAUCAGGUUUUCCUCCCCCCCCCCUACGUCUCGGUCUCAGUUCUCUCUGCGCAGCUGGAGCG